GGCUCGCGUACGGUCUCGCCCCAGUAGUCCGCGAUUGGGCUGCGACGGGCCUGUACGCCGCCAACCUCUGGACAUCUCUCCGCAGGGAUUGCCACUGCACGUGCAGCUUCACCGGAGAGCACGACAGAGAGCUGCUGCAGGUCCUGCAGCGCUGCAGCGCCAACUUGACAGGCUCCAUGGCCAUGGUCCCGGGAGGGCUUCCCGCCCUGCUGAAGACGGCCCACCAGGGGGACAAGCUAUACUGUCUGUACAGCCUGGAGGACCGUCUGUUCCACGAGAGGCUUCUGUGCGGCCACGUGGACGGCUCACGGUUGGUGGUGGCGACGCCUGAUGCCGACGUGUACGCGGAAGACUUCGCCGACGAGAAUCACGUGCUGCGCAAGAAGAUGCUGUACCAGUUCGGCCUGGACGAGCAGGCUCGGGCCGCCCUCCUGAGCGAGGGGGCGCAGCUGGCGGAGUCUGAGCGCCGCGAGGCGGCCGGUGGCACGGACAUGCCGCGUGGUUCCGAGGUCGGCCUGGCGGCUGGCGCUUCGGAGCCGCCGCUGCCUCCGCCGAGCCACGCCCCCCCGCCUCGCACGGGUGCCGGCGGUGGACCCCUGCCGCCAGUGCAGCUGGACGACGGCUGGGUCGCCCUGGAGUCGCGGCGGGGCUUCAGGCGGGGCUCGUCAGUGGACGUUACGUUCGCUUCCGUCUACGCCCUGGACGACCGCGCCAGGGCCUCGUUCCCAGAGGAGGUCAUCGCGCUGGAACGAGUGGAGACCCUCUCCGAGGAGGCGCCGCCUGCUCCACGGGACGCGCGGGAUGGAGUCCUGGACGAGCGCAUCCUGGGGUACCGGAGGAGCGGUACGGGCCAGCGGCGGCACGCCUUCUCGGAGGUGGCUGCCGAGCAGCGCGAGGUGCUCAGGACUCAGGAGUGGCGCGUGCAAGGGCCCGCUACCAUCGGCCGGCUGCUUCAGGCGCAUCUGGAGCAGGGUAGCGGGCCCGCCCAGCGGCACUACUGGUGGCGUCAGAUCCUGGGGCUGGCGCCUGCUGACCCCGGGAUCGACGAGCAUUUGUUCCUGUGCGGGCUGAUCGAGACGGCCUCCACGGCCGACCAGCUCAACCUCCCCGGCUGCGAGGCGUCCGAGCUGGCAGCCAGGCGAUUCCAGCUGUGGGACGAGGUGUACUCCGAGGCCCUGCGCCAGGUCGAGGUCUCAGGCACGGCGGGGGCCACGGCAGACUCGGGCGGCUGGCUGGACGCGCGCAGGAUCUUCCUCAGCGGCUCCCGCUCCAGGGGCCAUGCGCUCGUAGCGCCAUCCUUGGAGGUGCACGUGGCGGAGAAGAUGCAGGAGGAGGGCGCCAUCCUCAAGGAGAGGCGCAAGGGCAGAGAGGGGAGGGCCGCCACUGCUGUGGUGAUGGCGGCCUCGGCGCAAGGAGUCUCGGACACUGGCAUCGCGCGCGACGUCCUGCCCCUCCCGCCGGGCGUGACGCUCGACGAGCUGCUGCACGGUGCGGCGGCACGCCUUCUGCCGCACGGCGGCGGUCGGCGCGGGCGGCAGCGCAGGCAUCAGGAGGUCUGGCUGCGCGAGGGCAUCGCUGCGCUGGACGACCUCGGCGGGCGCGGGGUGGACGCCCCCUCGGGGGCCCCUGCGGCCUGCCAGGUCACCGCCGUGCGGCGCCUCGCACAGCUCUAUGGCAGGGUGGAGCCGCCGCCGUCCGACCUGACUCCCCUGGGGGCGUGGCAGACGCUCCAGGCUUCGCGGAACGGCUAUGCAGACGUCAUGGCCGAAGGUGCUUCGACAACCUACAGGAAGGGGGCCAUGGCGCCCCCGCGGGCUGCGGCAGGGCGGGUACGGCUUGCUGACGUCCUGCCGCCGCACCUGCAGUCUCUCUUGUGUAACUCGUCGCAGAUGUUACGAGAGCCGGAGGCUCGCAAUUUUGCUUUGGGUGAGGCUCUGAGGGUCUGCGCCAUGGACCCAGUGUUGCAGCGGCGUGGCUACCAGUAUGGCGAGUGCCUCUCCGAGCUGCUCUCUGCGGGCAUCAUUGAGCCUGCGGCCGAGGACAGCAUCAUCGAGCGCGCUGGCAUCUUUUUCGUCCCAAAGAAGGACUCGUCGCUGCGGCUGAUCUUCGACACCAGAAGGUCUAAUGCCCAUUUCCAGGACCCCCCCUACACGCUGCUCGCGAGCGGGGAGGCCCUGGCGAACUUGGAGGUCGACGCUGCUGGAGGGAUUGCUGUGGCCUCUGGUGACGUCGAGUGCUGCUUCUACCAGUACGAGCUGCCGUCGUGGGCACGUGCCUUCUUCGGUCUGCCAGCGGUCCAAGCAGGCUUCUUGGAUUCGGCAGCCCGCCAGCGCCUGGGGGUUUCAGACCCUUCGGAGAUGAUCCACUUCGUUGCCAGAGUGGUCCCCAUGGGCUGGUCUUGGGCCGCGCACCUCAUUCAAGAGGCCCAUGCCCAUGUCCUGAGCAACAUCAGCCCGGACGCGCCCUGGAUCGCGGACAAGGUGCCCACACCGGCGCUGGGGACUCAGUGCGCCACCGCCAAGAUGCUGUACAUCGACAACGCCGCAGUCUUCACGUCAGGCAGCGGCGACCCCGCGCUGGAGGUGGAGCGCAUGCUGGCCGCCCUGGGCGCGCGGGGGAUUCAGGCUUCCUUUGACCGCGACGAUGGGGACAUGCACACCCUGCUCGGCUUCGUGCUCCACAAGCCCUCGGCCACCUGGCGCCUGUCGCACAGCAAGUUUUGGCGGCUGAAGUUUAGCCUCGAUUUUGCACUGGCACCUGGACGUCUUGUCACGGGGCGCGAGCUCGAGAGGCUGAUGGGCCAUAUCACCGCGGCUGUCAUGCUGCAGCGGCACAUGCUCUCGCUCUUCCAUGCGAUCUACGAGUUUUGCAGGCGGUCGCGUGACAAGCGGCAGCCUCUCUGGUCGUCGGUGAAGCGGGAGCUCACGUGGUUCAGAGCGCUGCUUCCCUGCGUGACCGUUUCGCUGAGCCGCCCCUGGUGCGAACGGGUCACCGCCGCGGACGCCCCCCCAUGGGGGUUUGGCGUGGUGGAGCAGCCGUGGCCCAUCAGUGAUGUGCGGCGAGUUGGCAGCCUUUCGGAGCGCAGUCGCUUCAGAGGAGUCCUGACGGCGGAUUAUGCCCCCAGGGACACGCUGGUCGAACAGCAUCUCCUCCACGCCACGGCGGCCGAGGUCACCGCGGAGGGCACCCUGACCCACUUUGAGGAGGCGCCGGCAGCGCGGAUCUUGGCAGACCCUUGGUCGGUCGCGGCCGCCCGUCGCCGGCGGCGGGCCGCAGCCAUCCACGUCCUGGAGGCUGAGGGGGCGCGCUGGGCCGUGCGGCGCCUCGCGCGCAACUCGCAGCUGCAUGGGCAUCGGCACCUCAUCCUGGGUGACAACCUCGGGGUGGUCUGCGCGUGUGAAAAGGGCAGAGCUGCACACUUUGCACUCAACGUCGUCUGUCGGGAGAUCUGCGCUAUCUCAGUCGCCUCUGGGAUGCAGCUCAGGUUCAGGUGGAUCCCAUCAGAGCUCAACCCUGGCGACGCUCCCUCUCGCAGCCCCGCCUACGGCAAGCACGCCCGCGAUGCAGCGGAGCCCAAGCCGGCGCCGCUGGGCGACAGGCCCGCAGAGGGCUGUUCGCGGCGGGCGCCGCUGUGUCUGCGGCGCUCGCGACUGGCGGCGCGUCGGGUGCGACACAUCACCGUGCGUUCGUACCUGCUGGUGCUGACCAUGCGCUCGGGCUCGCCGCGGCUGCUGGCGCUGCCAGGCUGGAUCCCCGCGCAGUCGGACGAGACGCUGGUGGACUACUCCGAGUGGGCCUUCGACCGCGGCAUGGGUCAGGAGGCGUCCUCUCGCACCUACUGCGCCGUGGCUGGGGGCGAGCCCGCGCUGGGAAGGCCCGUUCGGCGCCUCUUCCCCCCGGCGAACGCGUCGCUGUCAGGCGGGACGCAGCGCCCGUCGGGCCACUCCCGCCAGCCGCUGCCGCGGGCGCCUGCGCGCGCGAUGGCGGCCGUGCUGGCCUCGCGGGGGAAGCCAGACUGGGGGCGAUGCGUCUUGGUGGCGCACGACCUGAGCCCGUCCCUUGCUGGCCAUGCAGUUUCUGCCAGGCAGGAGCUGCUGUUCGUGAGCUCGCACCUGCAGCGCCUGGCCGACUUCCAUGUUGCUUGUCAAUACCUCAAGCUCGAAGGUUUGGACUGCUCGCCGCACUUCCUGGGGCACGGCGACGCGACACACGUCUGCGUUGCAGGGUACCGCGCACCGCUGGAGGUGCGGAGGCGAGAAACGUGGAGGGCGACUUCACCAGUUCAGAGGUACGACAAGGCCUGUUGGCGGGCGGUGGCCAGGCAGGCCCUCAGCAGCGCCCAGAGGAGGAGCCGCGAGAUCUGGGCGGUAGCCGCCCCGCAGCUCUUCGGCAUCGCCUACGUGCUGCCCUCCGCGCCGGCCGCCUUGGCGAGCGGCGAGCGUUCCUGGAUCUCUUCUCAG